AUGUGGCAAAAUGAUGGCAUGUUUGAUAAGCGAAGAGUGAAUGGAACUGAGAAUGACGGAAGGAAGCGUUUAGGCUUUAGUAGCAAAAGCCUUUCAGAGACAGCUCGAGAGAGGCCUAGCGUGUUUGCCCGUUUUCGAAUUUCGCCUAGUCUUACUCACUUACGUUGUUGCUGUUGGCCUUGCAAGCCUUGUCACCGUCGUUGUCGUUGCCGACGUCAUCGCCAGGUCAGCUUGACAAGAGCAAGUACCACACUUUCCUCUGUUCCGGAAACGAUGUGCCUCAUUCCUCCGUCCUUUUCCACUUCAACGAUGUUUUCUACUGAUCAAAAUGAUUGCAAUCUUCAAAUCCCUCUCAUCGCUUCUACUUCAUCUCCUUCACAUUAUCUUCCAAUUUGUACCGAUAAUAAACGUCGUAAGUUUUACACAAUUUUAUUACUUUGA